AUGCAAGAUAAUAAGAACAAAGAGGCCACACUCUCCGGUGAUGAGGACAAAGAUGUCCAUAGAUUCUUAGAUGAGUUCGACGACAAGUGCACCUGCAAGCUUUUGAAGGAAAUGAAAGAAACAUUAGAAAAGAUGAAGAAGAAUCAUCCAAAUCCUGGGGACUUAGAUGAAUUCCACAGAUUAUUUGAAAGAUAUCUCAGAACAAGAAAUGAGAAGAUAGUAUGGGAAACAAUUAGGUCGCCAAAAGAUAGGAUUAUUCAAUACGAUGAAAUACCAGGGCCAACAGAAAAAUCCAAAGAACUGUUGAAGAAGCUAGCCAUACUAAAACUUAAUGGCGGGCUUGGAACAACGAUGGGAUGUGUAGGGCCAAAGAGUGCCAUAUCUGUUAAAGAUGGUAAGAAUUUCAUAGAUCUGAUUGUUAAGCAAGUCAGAUACUUGAAUUCAAAGUACGACAUAGAUGUUCCGUUGAUACUGAUGAACUCGUUCAAUACCGAAGGGAUGACAGACAAGAUCAUAUUUAGAUAUGAUGGAAUCAGGAAGUUUUCCCAAAGCAAGUUUCCAAGAAUCUCGUCGGAAACAUUACUCCCUGUCUCAUCUGAAUACGGAGAUAAGGGAAUGUAUCCACCAGGGCAUGGAGAUUUGUUUUACUCAUUAAAGAAUAGUGGGAUGCUAGAGGAGCUUCUGAAUGAUGGGUAUGAAUACCUUUUCGUGUCUAACAUUGACAACCUGGCUUCCACAGUAGACCUGAAGCUUCUGGAGUAUUUUGCUACCAAUGAUCUGGGAUUUCUUAUGGAGGUGACUGAUAAGACACGUGCAGAUGUCAAAGGAGGAACCCUUAUAGAAUAUAAGGGGGCAUUGAGACUUCUUGAAAUAGCCCAGGUCCCAUCAAGCAAGAAAUCGGAGUUUACAAGCUUCAAGAAAUUCACAAUAUUCAAUACGAACAAUAUUUGGAUAAAUUUAAAGGAUAUGAAGAAAAAGCUAGAAAAAGGCUUUUUUGAUUUGGAUAUUAUCGAGAACAAGAAGACAUUAGGAGAUGAAACGGUUAUUCAGUUGGAGACAGCUAUAGGGUCUGCAAUCAAAUACUUCCCCAACUCUUGUGGUGUCGUUGUUCCGCGAUCUAGAUUCUUACCUGUGAAGACCUGCUCUGAUCUAUUUCUUGUUGAAAGCAACCUAUUUGUUGAGAAGAAUGGGACGCUUCAGCUUCAUCCAUCAAGAGUCCCGAAGACGUGUCCGGCAAUCAGACUUAUUGGAAAGAAUUUCUCAAAAAUAGAAAACUAUGAGAAAUGUUUCAAAGGGAUUCCAGAUAUUCUUGAGUUGGACAUCCUAACAGUAAGUGGCAACGUUAUAUUCGGCAAGAAUGUUGUUCUUAAGGGAACCGUUAUCAUACUGGCGGAUGAGAAAAGUAAGAUAUGCAUUCCUGAUGGGUCUGUGCUUGACGACAGCAUCCUAUAUGGUCAUCUUCCAAUUUUAGACCAUUAA